GGAGCAGGACAGCCGGUGAUGAAUGUGCUGGUUGUUCAGGUGCAGGACCAGGACCGGGACCGGGACCAGGACCGGGAGCUGCUGUGAGGCUGAAGUCGUCAGUGUGUCGGUGCUCGGAACCUUCCUGAAAGGAUGAGUGAUGUCCAGUUGGCGUCAGCUUCAUCCAGCGUCUCUCAGAUGUCAGCCCUGUCACCAGGAUGCAGUUCCCAUGGCAACGAGCCUCCAGCUUUCAUCCUCCCUCCACGCAACGCUCAGGUCGCCCUGGGAGGAGACGCCCGGCUUGAGGGGAAGGUGCGUGGAUAUCCUGAGCCUCAGGUCACAUGGUACAGAGAGGGGAAGGCUGUGAUUGGUGGAGAGCACUGUGUUGCAAAGCAAGGUGGGCGGGGCACCUUCAGCCUGGUGGUGGGUGGAGUCAGAGAGGAGGACCUGGGCCGUUACACCUGUCAGGCCACCAAUCAGGCAGGGAGCAGACAGGUCACCGUGGAGAUUCUUCUGGAAGAGAAUUCUGGGAAGAAGUUUGUCCUCAGUUCCUCCAUGAAGACAGGGUGUCGCUCUGGCGUCUGGGGCGUAGACAACAGGCCCAGUAUUUGGGGUGAGAGUCCGCCAAAGUUCGUCACUAAACCAAAUCGAGUGUUCACUAAGCUGGGCCAGACCGGGAAGUUCUCCGCCAAAGCAACAGGACGUCCACAGCCCCGGGUCACAUGGUACAAGGGGGAGGCGGAGCUUCAGUCUUGUGGGCGGGUCAGUAUGUACGAACGCUCUGGUCUUCACUUCCUGGAGAUACAGGAAGUGUGUGUGGAGGACGCAGGAAGUUACACAUGUUUGGUCAUCAACAGCGCUGGAACAGCAACUGCCACCGCCGCCCUGAACCUCCAGGGUGUUCCUGAGGACUCCUCCAGGUCUGUCCCGCCAGCCGAGGCCUCACAGACCAGGGCCAGCCAUCUGAAGGAGGACAGAGCUGCUCCCAGUGCUCCCAGUCCCCCAGCAGAGCAGCCCAGACUGAGAGAGAAGGAGCAGCCGAGCCUCCCGUCGGCCUCCUGGAGGAGCAGACCUGAUGUACAGCUCCCUCUGGUGGCUGAGAGGAAACCUGCAGCUGCUCAGGUCCAGUCUGUCUCCAGUCCUGUUCCAUCUCAAACUGGUUCCGUCCAGCAGCCAGCGAGCAGCUCAGACAGCAGCAGGGCGGUGAGGAGGUCGGUGUCAGGGUUCAACCUGCGGUUCGAGGCCAUUCCUUUAGACCAGGAGGCCACGGAGGGGGCGCAGGUCACAUUCACCUGCCAGGUUUCAUCUACUUCCAUUGCCACGGUUACAUGGCUGAAGGAUGGGGGGCCGGUGAGGAUUGGUCCAGGUCUGCAACAGAGACAGGACGGCACCUGUCUGACUCUCACCAUGGAGAGAGUGAGACAGGUGGACCAGGGAACCUACACGUGUCAGCUCAUCACUGCUGACAGAGCGACGGUCACCUCAGCAACAUGGACGCUCCAAGUUAACACUCGGUCCUCGUAUGUUGGGGGCGUGGCUUCACGGCCCAUCCAGAGCGUGCCACGCCAUGAUGGUGGCGUGUUCAGGCGUGACGGAGCGGAGUGCAGCAGCAGAGUCCAGGCUGAAGGCAGACAGCAGGGUCGCAGGUCAAAGGUCACAGAGGUCAGAGGAGCGUGUGAGGCUCCGCGCUUCGUCCGCCGCCUCGCUGACCUGAAGGUGAUGGACGGCAGCAGAGUCACCAUGAUGGUGGAGCUGACCGGUCGCCCCCUUCCAGAGGUGGUGUGGCUCCAUAACGGGCAGGAGGUGAAGGAGUCAGAGGACUUCCACCUCCUCAGGGAGGAGAAGCGGUGCACCCUGCUGAUCCAAGAGGUUUUUCCUGAGGACACUGGGACCUACAGCUGUAGGGCCUGGAACCAGCACGGAGCAGACUCCACCCAGUGCACUCUGACUGUGGAGGAGCCCCAGGACGGUGUCCAGCCCUGGUUCAUCACCAAACCAAGACCGGUAAGUGCCAUCGUGGGUCAGCAUGUUCUCCUGUCCUGUGCCAUCGCCGGAGACCCGUUCCCCAAGUACACCUGGACCAGAGGCGACCUGAGCCGACCUCUGACCUCUGGAGCAGACUAUGAACUGCUGCAGAAAGAGGACGUCAUCUCCCUGCUGAUCAGGAGAGUGAAGAAGCAUCACACAGGAGACUACCUGAUCACCCUGAGGAACAAUGUUGGGGAGUGCAGCGCCGUGGCCUGCCUGUCUGUCACUGAUGGAGACACAGACCGGACGAGAGGACAAGGAGGACAAGCAGAAGAGGAGAACAGCCCUGCAGCAGGAGGAAGAGGAGGAGGAGGAGCAGCUGGUGGGACCGCGGCGCUGGGAGGAGGUGCCAGAGGAGGAGGAGGAGGCGCAGAGCAGAGAAGCAGCAGCAGUGUUGGUGUCGGUCGGCAGUGGCAGGAGGCCAACCAGGAGCAGAAGGAGAACCGGGGACUCCUGCACCUGCACCGGGAGGAGAAGAAGAAGGAGGGCGACCAGGACUCAGCGGCUCCUCGAGGUCUCCUCAAGCACCGUGUGGACACCAGGGAGCGCGGCGAAGAGGAGCUGCGACAGAGGGAGGCGCAGCAGCUCGACUUCCGCUCCCUUCUGGGACGCCGAGCUUUAAACACCAAACACAACCAGGAAGAGGAGCAGAGAGAGGCCGGCCUCGCUGCCAACGCCGCCAAGCCCGUCCACCACCAUCAGAUGGAUUUUAAGGCCAACCUCAAGGGCGUCAAAGCCAAGACGGAGGAGAACAAGGGGAACUCCUCGCAGCAGGUCGACUUCCGCUCCGUGUUGGGUAAGAAAGGCGCCGCUGGCAACAACAAACCUGCAGAGUCGCCUGGAAAGAACGCCAACGACUUCCGCUCUGUCCUCGCCAACAAGAACAAGCCAAGCCCCGAAGAGAACGGCAAGACGGCAGUGAACAACUGCGUGGAUGGAGGGAAUAACGAGAAGAAGAGCGGUGGAGGAGGGAAGGGGCCGGAGUUUGUGGAGAAGCUGAGCGAUGUGACGGUGCUGGAUGGGCAGCGGCUGCGGCUGCAGUGUCGCCUGGCCUCCGCUGACAUGGCAGGUGUCACCGUCGUCUGGACGCUGGACGGGAAGACCAUCAAACCAUCCAAGUUCAUCGUCCUCGCAAACGAAGGCGGCCUGUGCUCUCUGACCAUAGACAAAGCGCUGCCGGAGGAUGAAGGACAGUAUAAGUGCCGAGCGGAGGCAGCGGCAGGCAGGGCGGAGUGCUGCUGCACGGUGCUGGUCGACGACCCGACUGAAAACUCUCCAGCUGACAAGAAGUCUAAGAAGGCGACUCCGACCUCCGAGAGUGAAGCCAGAAUAAAGAAACCGACCACCAAGACUCCUCCCAAACAAGCGCUGCCUCCUCAGAUCCUUCAGUUCCCCGAGGACAUGAAGAUCCUGGCGGGUGAGAAGGUGGAGAUCCUCUGCAAGUUCUCUGGAGCUCCGCCCAUCAGCUGCACCUGGCUGAAGUUCAGGAAACCAAUCCAGGAGGGUUCGUCUGAUAUCUCCAUCGAGAGCUGUGACAGCAGCAGUAAACUGACCAUCUCCAGCGGGCAGCAGGAACACUGCGGCUGCUACACCAUCGAGCUGAGGAACAGCUACGGCCUCCGACAGGCCGCCCUCAACCUCACCAUCGUCGAUAAACCCGACCCCCCGGCGAAGGUUCCUGCAGCCUCAGACAUCCGGCGGGCCAGUCUGACUCUGUCAUGGUACGGGCCCACCUACGACGGCGGCAGCGCCGUGCAGUCCUACAACCUGGAGAUCUGGGACUCAGUGGAGACGCAGUGGAAACACCUGGUGUCCUGCAACAGCACCUCCUACAACGUCCAGAACCUUCUUCCAGAGCGUCAGUAUAAGUUUCGUGUUCGGGCAGAGAACAUCUACGGAGUCGGAGAGCCGAGUGCUGAAUCUGAACCCGUGACUGUCGGACUCGUGGACGACGACAACCUGGAGGAGGGCGAGGAAGAGGACGACGACUCUGAGAAGGAGCCGGACUAUAGAGACGUGACCAUCAGAACAGACGUGAAGGUGAAGGAGCUGUACGACGUGGAGGAGAGACUGGGAACGGGGAAGUUCGGUCAGGUCUUCAAACUGGUGGAGAAGGCGACGAAGAAGGUUUGGGCAGGGAAGUUCAUCAAGGCGUACUCAGCAAAGGAGAAGGAGAACGUGCGGCAGGAGAUCGGCAUCAUGAACAGCCUCCAUCACCCCAAACUGGUCCAGUGUAUCGACGCCUUCGAGGGCAAGUCUGACAUCGUCAUGGUCCUCGAGAUGAUCUCGGGUGGCGAGCUCUUCGAGCGGAUCAUCGACGAGGACUUUGAGCUGACGGAGAGAGAGGUGAUCAAAUACAUGCUGCAGAUCAUCGACGGGGUCAACUUCAUCCACAAGCAGGGCAUCGUGCACCUGGACCUCAAACCAGAGAACAUCAUGUGUGUCAACAAGACGGGCAGCAAGAUCAAACUCAUCGACUUCGGCCUCGCCCGGCGACUAGAAAGUGCAGGAACUCUGAAGGUUUUGUUUGGGACUCCAGAGUUUGUGGCUCCAGAAGUGAUCAAUUAUGAAGCCAUCAGUUACCCCACCGACAUGUGGAGCAUCGGAGUCAUCUGUUACAUCCUGCUGAGCGGUUUGUCUCCUUUCAUGGGCGACAACGACAACGAGACUCUGUCCAACGUCACCUCGGCCACCUGGGACUUUGAGGACGAGGCGUUUGAUGAAAUCUCUGACACAGCCAAAGACUUCAUCACCAACCUGCUGAAGAAAGACAUGAAGGCUCGGCUCACCUGUGCUCAGUGUUUUGAACACACCUGGCUGAAGCAGGACACCAACACCAUGAAGACCAAGAAGCUCUCCAAGGAGAGGAUGAAGAAGUACAUCCUGAGGAGGAAGUGGCAGAAAACGGGUCACGCUGUUCGAGCCAUCGGCAGACUGUCGUCCAUGGCCAUGAUGGCCGGAGUCAGCGCCAAGAAGGGCUCGCCCACUGAAGAGGACAACCAGUUCCUGGAGUGUUUGGAGUUCGAGCAGAAGACAGAAUGUAAGCCGACAUUCAGCUCUGUCAUCAAAGACGUGGAGGUGGUGGAGGGCAGCGCCGCCCGCUUCGACUGCAAGAUCGAAGGUUACCCGGACCCAGAGGUGGUUUGGUACAAAGACGAGCAGCCGAUCAAAGAGACCCGACACUUUCAGAUCGACUACGACGAAGAAGGAAACUGCAGUCUGGUCAUUUCAGAGGUGUCGGGCGACGACGACGCCAAGUACACGGUGAAGGCUGUGAACAGUCUGGGGGAGGCGACGUGCACCGCCGAGCUGCUGGUGGAGGUGAUGGCUGGAGAGGAAGAGGAAGAGGAGGAGGAGGAGGAAUAAAGCAGAGUUGGUGUGGACUCCCGCAGGAGGAGGAGGAGGAGGAGCUCCUCUUCAGACCUGAGCAGGAAACAAACCCACGUUUGACAGGUUGUUGUUGUGACUGGAGGAGCAGGUGGGCGGGGCUUGUAAUGAACAUGUGAUAACUCCACCAUCAUUUAUUCAUCACAGACCCCGCCCACCUGACACCUGUGGAGAACAGAAGCCCCGCCCCUCUCAGCUUAGCCUCCAUUCAUUGGUGGGUUUCCUCCAACAGAACUCUGUCCUGAAGACGUAAAUUGAAACAGGAAAUAUUUGAAAAAACAACAUUCGAUUGGAUAAUAUGAAUAAAUCCAGACACUUCAGCGCCAUGUGAAGGCAUUAUAAUAAAUACAUAAUGAAGGUUUAAUCAGUAACUCUCAGCUCCCAGAGCUUCUCACCAGAGGCUCAUGGGAGAUGUAGUUGUUGCAUUUGGAGGUUGUGGGAUUUCAGCUCUGUUUACCUGAAUCAUGACUAACCGGACCUGCUCCCUGUGGCGGUCAGACAUAUUCACAUCAUAUGCAUAUUCACAGAGUUCGGUCACGCAACAGUAGAGUGGCUUUCUGUCAUCAUGUUAGCACUGAAGCUAACGGUGUGCUGAAGACAGCAGGGGUGAAGGUUCCAUGUAUCAUCUUCAUCAGAACUCACAUCAACAGCUAACAUGUUUGUUCUUCAACGUCAGCUAACUGGCUGCAGAGUCCAGUGUUCAGAAACAUCAUGAUACAAUUUAUGUUUCAUAUCAAAUCAGGUCAGUUACUUAAAAAUGAAUCAGUAGAUCAAUUAAAACAUCGUUCAUUCACUGUCAGCAGCGGUCAGGGCAGUGAGGAGGGAUUUGAAAGAGCUUUUAAACUGUCUGAGAAUAAAUAACUUGUUGAAAAGGUUUAAAUGGGUUUAAUGAAGGUGACACAGCUGAAACAUCAAAUAUCAACUCAUUACAGUCAGAAACACAACGAUGCUUAUGCUUGUUAGCUCAACACUUAAUUAAGAUGAGCUAGUUAGUGGCAGACAUCAGGGCUGUGAGGUGUCAGCCUAGUCAUGCAACCCUGAAGCUAGCUAGCAUUAGCAUACACCAGCAGGCUGUGUGGAGAAGUUUAAAAAGGCCUGAAACAUCAACAACAACGCAGUUUGAGAAGAAAGACCUCAAACUAGUUUCUGAACUCGGCUAAUUAGUGGAUCAGAUGAAGGUGUGGGCUAACAUCAACAACAAGCCGACGAUGGUUAGCUAACAUCCCCCAAACUAUAGAAGUCAUUUCACUGAUUAGCAUGUUACGUUCACCGUGUUAUUCUCAGCUACAGUUGAAGCAGUUGUUUACAUUGUGAUGCCAGUGUGACCCGGCUCUGUGGAUAACCGGCUCAGUCAGAACCAGUGUGACCCGGCUCUGUGGAUAACCGGCUCAGUCAGAACCAGUGUGACCCGGCUCUGUGGAUAACCGGCUCAGUCAGAACCAGUGUGAUGAUGAAUUAUAAAACCAGAACCAGUUUUGUACCCAGCUGCUCUCCGUGCUGAGCUGAGUCAGUUUGUCGUCUUCGAGCACUUUUUCUUUUGUCUUGUUUGUAUUGUUGUUUUUUUAUCCCGUCUCCUUCCAGCUGAAAUCAGCUCGGCCUUCCGUCGUUCGCCUUAAAGCAACACGGUGACGGUUUAAUGACGUCACAGUGAUUCAAACUUCUUCCACCAGACAUUUGUCACAUUGUGGGACAGAACCGGUCGCUGUUCUUCUUGUGGACCUCAAACAGACGUUUGUCAGCAGUUAAACAUGAUUCCACAGAACUAAACAGUCCAAAGUCAGAACUCAUAACUCUACAGACUCUCCUUCAGAUUGGACUCAAGGAUUCUGUCAUUCCCAUAAUUUCACCUUCUAUUUAUGAAAUUUAACCUGUAAAUCAAGAAAUCCAUGUCUUGUAAAUAAGAUAAUUGAGGAUUGUAUUGUUCUGGGUCAACAGGACGUCAUGUCACAAACGGACCUCAGUUUGUUGUAUGGUUCUGAUUGGAUCUCUAAACAUUAAAAUCCCUCUGACAGCAGCUUCUGGUGCCGUUCUGUACUGCAGUGUGCUGAAGUCUCCGCUGUGUUAACUCCUUCACGCUGAAUCUUUAAACUUUAUAUCUUUUUUCUUCUUUUUCCACAUUCCAGCUGUUUGUUUGUGCUUUAAAACAAAAAAGGCUGAAAAACCAAAGAAUUGUGUUAAAGAAUCACAGGAGUGUGUUUGCGUGUGUGUUCAUGUCGAAACCUGAAACCUUAAAGUUGGGCCGGUUUGUGUUCUGUUGGUUUGUCAGAAUGUUUUAUUUUUAGACUUAUUUAAUGCACAGAUUCAUAAUUAUAUUAUCAUUUGAGCAUCCGUCUCCUCUGAGAUCUUCUCGUCAGCACUCUGUCACAGUUAACGCGAGCCCACACUCCCAGACUGAGUUGUUUUGUAUUAGAUGUAUGUAGAUUAUAUUUCUCUAAUUUUUAUAAAUAUAUCAGUUUGAUGAACUGCAGAUGUACGAGAACACUACGACUGUAGUUACUCACAGAAACUAAAUAAAUGUAUCACAAAACCAAACA